CUUGCCAGUUCCCCGGAGAUAUUCUAUUUUCAUAUCAAGUUGGUAAGACAACAGGCGGUGAGAUAUGGGACGGCAACGAUCUAAACGGGCAUCCAGCUCCGAUAUGCCAGAGGAUGAUGAUGUUCUAAGUCCUAUCUCCUGCGAGGUAUGCAGGCAGCGGAAAUGCAAGUGCGAUCGGAGACUGUAUGGCGAACCUAUGAAAAUGAUAUUCCACCUUAAGCGUCGGACUUUGUUGGUCUCUGACAUACACCUGUAGCCCUUUUUGCUCUCAAUGCUCCAAUGAAUCAUCAAAAUGCAAAUACCCUGAAAGCGGCAAGAGGUAUGACCAUCUCUCUGCGAGAGACC